GUUGUCGCCAACUACCUCGGCAAGACGCCGCAAGCGCGGGCCCCGCCUGCCAGUGUCACCGCCGACGAACCGGGCGUCGCGCGCUAUGAACUGAAGAGGAAGUUCUUCAACAAGUUCGCAAAGUCUUUGCCUCGCGCCCGCAAGGGCGGCCCGACCCAAGUCGACUACGAGCUCGUCCGCAUCAUCACCGAGUCGACCGACGGGGCGGACUGCCUCUUCAACUUCUGCACCUCCGUUGGCUGGGGUGUCAUGCACGAGCGUCUCAAGCGGCUCGAGGACGACCUCAACGCCGUCUGCCUCUGGAAGGACGAUGGCGUCAGCUGCCGGCCCCUCGGGCUCUGCAGCAUCUUCACGCGCUCAGCUGAACGGUGCAUCGCGCUCCAGGAGCGCGACUGGGCGGAGCAGUUCUGCACCACGCAGCUGCCUGAGGUUGCCAAGGCCAGGGCGGAGGCACUCGAGGACGCCACCGUCACCACCGCCACUGCGGAAGCCGCGUACACUUCGAGGUGCAUCACGCACGGACACGGCUCGGCCGAGGCAACGGCCGCCCUCGCCGACCUCGAGGCGGCCGAGGCUGCGGAGGAGCGCGCCCGUGCGCCAGUCAACUUCCCGAAGAACUAUGCGUUCUCCAAGAACGGCACUCACCUGUACGCCCACACCGUCGCGGGGUGGCACGGCACGAAGCCGGAGAACGCGACCAUCUCGGGCGACAAGGAGAACUUCUACAACACGAUCGCCCAGGCGCUCACGGCCGACAACAAGCCUGACCCCAACGGCUCGACGCCCUGA